AUGGCCGAUCCGCGCGUACACCGCGCCGGCGGUAAGAUCGCGGACGACAUCCUCCGCGACGUCUUCCAGCGCCUGCCGAGCCACCAGGACCUCCUCCGCUGCGCAGCCACGUGCAAGCGAUGGCGCCGCGUCGUCACCGACCGUGCCUUCCUCCAAUGCAUCGGCCUCUGGCCGCAGACGGCGCGCCACCCGUCCCUCCUCGCUGGGAUCUUCUACCAGAUUACGUGCCCCGCCGGUAAGCCCCGUCCGAAAAGCGACGCGCCUCCGGAGUUCUUGAACCUUCAGCUUGGGGGAGCGCAUCCUACCUUCAGCAGGUCCGUCCAUGGUGCGCAUCUCGCCUUUGGCUCAUUGGUCGACGACGACGACGGCCUCUUCGACUACGCAGGGCCACUCGCAUCGCGCCGUGGUCUUCUCCUCGUGAACAUCAUGCUGCCUACCAUGUUCAACGACGGCAUGUACCGUAGAGUCCAUGAUAAGCGCCUGCUCGCGGUGUGCCGUCCUGUGGUCGACAAGCAGCGCCGUCUUCUUCCACUGCUUUCCUUCGACUUGAUUGGAUUCUCGGACUGGUACCUCACCGGCUGCGCGCUCCUCACCGACGAGGACCAUGGUGUCGUUGACUGUUUCGAUCAACGACGACAGCAGCGGUCGCCGUCGUCGUUUCAAGUGUUCUUGACCUACACCGGCGACUAUGGGAUCAUAUAUGUCUACAUGUACUCCUCUGCCACCGAUACUUGGAGCACGCCCACCAAGUUUUGCCAGGCUUCAAACCUCAUCAGGUGUGGGAAUUUCGCCGGCGUUGUCACCCCUAACACCGUGCACUGGUUGUACAAGGACGAGACAAGCUUCUACACGCUCGAUGUAGACGCCAUCACCACCAAUGUCUCCCUGACCAAGAUCCCGAUCCACGUCGAAGGAUGUCUGCAGUGGGGGCGGGUGUUGUUUCCGUGCGUCAUCGGGGAAGGAAAGCUUUCGUUCGUGAGUAUGCACAAACAUGGUGUCCUAGAGCUUUGGACCAAGCAAGAACAAGAUGACGACAGUGAGGCUGGUGCGGGAGGGUGGUUGCGCUCCCACCUGAUGAAUCUAGGAAGCAAGGAGGAAAUAAACAAUGUCUUCUACGCGGAGAGGAGAGGUGCCAUGCUCAUCGAGCAGCGUGGUGGUUCUUUUUUCACCAUUGAUCUCAAGAGCAAGGAGAAGGCGUCCAUUGAUAUCAAGGGCGAGGAAAAUGGGCCUUUCAAGAGCCAUUGUAGGUUCCCAAUGUUUCGUUGUAGUAGUACUUGGUGUAACGGAGUCUACGGCGGAAGAUGGUUCGAGUACAUGACGCCGGUAUUGUACGAGAUGGAUUCGGUGUUUGACCGUGGCAUGUUCUCCACAUCUGAUCAGAGGCAAGAUGGAGACGGUUUAAUUCAAUAA